AUGUCACCUCGCAGUGCAGUGCGUCUUGUGAAGACGUUUUCAGCUUCCGUUCGCUCGCUUUAUACGAUCUCAUACAACACUAAUCGACCUGAUAGCUCAAUGGCGUUGCAACGGCUUGCAUUUGGCUUCAAUAGCCGUCGUAGCUCUGUAUUUCAUGCGUCACAUGCUGUUCAUCAUUUCAGUCAGUCGUCUCGAUAUGAUGGAGAUACACAAAAACCGCUGGGGGAGAAGAUAGAUGCAAUAGAUAAGCUGCAAGAUUCAGCAUUGAUUGGAGACCAGGUAUAUUGGGCACCCAUGUCACGUGCUGUGCGUCUCAUGAAGGCUGUAUCCGUCACGAGCUGUGUUCUUACGUCUAUUGGCAUGCCCGUGCUCUGCAUAAUAAGUGAGCAGGACACAUCCACGAUUGGAAAGUGGGCCAUGUGUGGAACUAUUAUGCUGUUUGGUUUGAGCACUACCUCGUUGUUUCACUACCUAUUUAAGCCCUAUGUGAUAAGCAUGUGGUUGACAAGUGCAUUAUUAACUAAUGGCACGGGAAGGGACGCUACAAAUGACCCGAUGGUGACGGUCGAGACGGUGACUUUGUUCGCUCAACUGACGCAGAGUUCGUUUCGUCUCUCCGAGAUUUCUCCACCCACCCAAGGGAUGCAUCCAAUGGUGUCGUUCCAAGCACGCGGUCGUCACUACUUCAUACACCCUGAGGCAAUCGAAGACCAAAACUUGCUGAACAGGCUUGUUGGAGCGCGCAUGCGAAAAUAG